GAACGCUAACAAAGGAGGUCUGCAUAAAUUAAUCAUCCCUAUAGUGACAGCCCAUACAUAACUCUGAAGUCGAGCAAACGGUGAUGGAGAAUUAUAAGCUUCAUCAGAGAUUAGGCAAAGGUGCUCAAGGGGCAGUAUUUUUGGUCGAGAACAAGAAUGAUAAGAAGAAAUAUGUUCUAAAGAAGGUGGAGUGUAACGAUGAGAGUGAAGCUAACAAGGCUUUCAAAGAGGCMAUGGCCCUUCAGGAGCUUAAACAUCCAUUUACCUGUGGAUAUAAAGAGUUCUUUGUUACUUGGGACAAAGAGGAGUCAGCCAUGUUUGUGUGUAUAGUCAUGAAGUAUUAUAAACUAGGAGACUUGGACAAGGCUUUAAAACAGAGAAGGUCUAAAGGAGAGUCUAUAAGUGAAAUUAUCCUAAAGAAAUGGUUUGGUCAAAUGCUGGCAGCUCUGGUGUUUGUACACGACAAGCAAGUUAUUCACAGAGAUCUUAAGCCGAGUAAUAUUUUUAUGGAAGACACAGGAGACGUAGUUGUAGGUGAUUUUGGCGUUGCAACAAUAAUGGAUGAUGCUCGAACAAGAACAAGAACAACUGUUGGAACAAUGAACUGGAUGGCGCCAGAAGUAUUAGAAAGACCGUAUGAUGAAAGAAGUGAUGUCUGGUCUUUAGGUUGUAUUUUCCUUGAAAUGGCUACCUGUGGUUUCAUGGAUUCUGCUCAAAUGUCAUCAGUUCUGUUUCAAAUCAAACAGUCACCGCAGGUCUUGGAGGAAAUACUAGAAACAGUCAAAAAGCAAUAUUCCAGUGAUAUGUGUCAGCUUAUUCGUACCAUGUUGAGGAGAAACUUCCAACAAAGACCAUCAGCAAAGGAGUUGUUUGAUCUUCCAUAUGUAAAGUCUUGUAUUGCACUGCAAAAUAAUAAUACARGUGCCAAAUCAGGAAGAGGAUCUCCAACCAAGAAAGCAGGUGACAAGAAGAAUGCUGCCGUCAAGCCGGUCCCAAAGGACAAGGGUGUGGCUGGUGUUCUCCAGUACAUGAAGGAAAACAAAGACUCAGAAGCCUGUCAGGUUGAAGCGUUUAAACACAUCGAAAAAAUAACUAGAGAAAAGGGAGUUGCUCUUAAUGGUCCAACACAAAAGACUAUAGCAUCUACCAUGAAAAGCAAUGUUGGCUGUGAAAAGAUACAGAUAUUAGGAUGCAAGAUAUUCAUUAAUAUUUUACCAAAAGCUGAUGAAGAGGACGUGAUAUACACAGCUGAUGUUAUUCAACCCGUAGUUCUUGCAAUGAGGUCUCAUUCAAGUUCGUCUGAACUGCAAACAAGUGCCUGCCAGCUCUUGAUGGCUUUGUCAGCAGACGAGGCCGCAGCGGAAGUGAUAGGAAGACUUGGUGGUGUACAAGAUGUCUUGUCAUCUAUGCGGGCUUUCCCUGACAAUGUUGAGAUUGCGUCCAAUUGUUGCGGUGCCUUGUGGAGUCUCGCAGUUAAUGAAAAUAACUGUAAGAUCGUGACAACAGAACGUGGCCUUCAGGAUGUUUGCAGUGUUAUGGAGAGACACGCUGACGUAGUGGAGUUGGUAGAAGCUGCUUGUUCUGCUCUUUGGUCUCUUUCUAUGGAAGAUGAAAACAUUGAACAGAUGGCAGAUCUUAGUGUUCCAGAUCAACUCAUGUCAGCCAUCGUGCAGCAUAGCAAGGAACCCAAGGUUGUAAAGAAUGCUUGUAUGGCCCUUGCGUCCAUCGUAGAAGCAGACGAGAUGUGCGCGUAUCGCCUGGUUGCUUUUGAAGACAACACAGGAAUCAAGGUCAUCAUGGAUGCUUAUAAGUCCAUGAAGCAGAAUGAAGAAGUGGUUGAAAAUAUUUGUGUACUUUUYUCUGAGCUUGUAGAAUACGAUGAAAUAAGAGAAGAAAUGGUCUCGCUCAAAGUUCACAAUAUCCUAGCUGAAGCGAAAAAGAACUUUCCAAACAAUGAGGAUCUCGUGACCCCCGCAGCAAGCGCGCUAGUACUCCUGGGAGGUGGCAGCCGUAAUGGACGGCGAGGCAGCUCAGCUCGAUCACGACCCAGAAGUGCUGCAAGAAAGUAGAAUCUUCAAAUAGAUGAGAGUAUGGUUUGCUGGUAGUAUAACACGUCCUAUCCCCUCCCCCCUUAAAAURCAUAUUACUAUACCUCUUACCAUUAUAUUAUGUCUCUAUCUCACUGCGCAUACUCAUCACACAUGCGUAGUGUGAAGAUUACAGAUCCUCGCAUGACCGACAUGGGAUCGAGGCUAGGGAGGUAUUUUUUUAGUCUAUAUUCUAAUAUUUUAUUGGAUCCCGUUUUUAGUUGUCAAAGAAAUAKCAGAGAUAUAUUAUCUAUCAGAAAAAUUAUGAUUAUACAUCUAUUUUCUUUGUACUCAAAUUAUAAUUCUUGAUCUGUAUGAUUAUGAAACAAAAUCGCCGUCGGGUCGAAGUUUCCGGUUCGUUUCGGUUCCCGAAGACCCGCGGGACAAAAGGUAUUUUUUCGUAUUCAAAUAUCCUUCGAAUCUGUGAACAAACUUACCAGCGGUAUCURACAGAUUUUGACUGAUCCGAAAAUCGUGAUUUCAGAAUCCUUGUAUUUUUUACAUUGUUAAGCGAACCAAAUUCUGACAAUCAAAAAAAUUUGAUUAGAACUAAACUGUGUCUAAUGAUUAUAAUGAAUAAUAUAUAUGAAUAAAAUAAUUUGUAGAUAAAACUGACAAAUACGAAUAAAAAUCUUCAUUUGUUAA